CGGUGCAGCGCGGAGCAGCGCGGAGCGGAGCAUGUCGGCGCUGCGGCGGAAGCUGGGGGAUGAGUACCAGGUGGUGAGCACCUCGGCCAGCGGCGGGGGUCUACCCCCGCCCCGGGCGGCCCCGCGGGGGAAGCGGCAGCGCUUCGUGGACAAGAACGGGCGGUGCAACGUGCAGCACGGGAACCUGGGCGGCGAGACCAGCCGGUACCUCUCGGACCUCUUCACCACACUGGUGGACCUCAAGUGGCGCUGGAACCUCUUCAUCUUCAUCCUCACCUACACCGUGGCCUGGCUCUUCAUGGCUUCCAUGUGGUGGGUGAUUGCCUACAUGCGGGGUGACCUCAACAAGGCGCACGAUGACAGCUAUACCCCCUGCGUGGCCAAUGUCUACAACUUCCCCUCUGCCUUCCUCUUCUUUAUAGAGACUGAGGCCACCAUCGGCUAUGGGUACCGCUACAUCACAGACAAAUGCCCUGAGGGCAUUAUUCUUUUCCUUUUCCAGUCCAUCCUGGGCUCCAUUGUUGAUGCCUUCCUCAUUGGCUGCAUGUUCAUCAAGAUGUCUCAGCCGAAGAAGAGGGCUGAGACCCUGAUGUUCAGUGAACAUGCCGCCAUCUCCAUGCGGGAUGGCAAGCUCACACUCAUGUUCAGGGUGGGCAACCUUCGCAACAGCCACAUGGUCUCCGCGCAGAUCCGCUGCAAGCUGCUCAAAUCCCGCCAGACCCCAGAGGGCGAGUUCCUCCCACUUGAUCAGCUGGAGCUCGACGUGGGCUUCAGCACAGGGGCCGACCAGCUUUUCCUUGUGUCCCCGCUUACCAUCUGCCAUGUGAUUGAUGCCAAGAGCCCCUUCUACGACCUCUCCCAGCGCAGCAUGCAAACAGAACAGUUUGAGAUUGUCGUCAUCCUGGAGGGCAUCGUGGAAACGACGGGGAUGACGUGCCAAGCCAGGACUUCCUAUACUGAGGAUGAGGUGCUGUGGGGUCAUCGUUUCUUUCCUGUUAUCUCCUUGGAAGAAGGAUUCUUUAAAGUUGAUUACUCCCAGUUCCAUGCAACGUUUGAGGUCCCAACCCCACCGUACAGUGUAAAGGAACAGGAGGAGAUGCUGCUCAUGUCCUCUCCCUUGAUAGCACCCGCUGUGAGCAACAGCAAGGAAAGGAAUAAUUCUGUGGAGUGCCUGGAUGGUCUUGAUGAAGUUGGCACAAAGCUACCUUCAAAACUGCAGAAAAUAACUGGGAGGGAAGACUUCCCAAAAAAACUCCUCAGGAUGAGUUCCACCACUUCUGAGAAGGCCUACAGCAUGGGGGAUUUACCCAUGAAACUUCAGCGGAUCAGCUCGGUCCCUGGGAAUUCAGAGGAGAAACUGGUGUCUAAAACCACAAAGAUGAUGUCGGAUCCCAUCAGCCAGUCAGUGGCCGACCUGCCACCCAAGCUGCAGAAGCUCUCAGGUGGCGGCAGGAUGGAAGGGAACCUUCCACCCAAACUGCGAAAAAUGAAUUCAGACCGGUUUACAUAACCUGACGGGACUUCCAGCUAUCAUUUAGAGCUUGAACUGGCAGUGCGGGCAGGAGAGCAGGUCCUCCACCAGCCAUAUGUGUGCUAAACUCUCUGGUCCUGGUGUGCCGGGAGGCAGCAGCUUCCCCUCCGUAGUGGUGGCUGUGCUGUAAGUACGAACAACAGGGUGAUCAGCGAGCUGAUGUUCAUUGGCAUGUAGUAUCACAACACGCAUGCAAUAAUAGUGUGCAAUUUUUGCAUAUAGUUUUAUGGCAUGACUCCUACUAUAUUUAUACUGUAUAUUCUGAAAAAUGUGGGAAGGGGUGUUCCUUUCCCCUGUAUUUCUUAAGAGUAAGUAGUAGGUAAAACAUGCAAGUGGGUAACUUUCAGGGUGAGUUAUAAUUUGAUUUGAAAAUGCUUAUUUUUUUCCUGAUAUGGAUUGUGAUGCUUUGUUCAGCAAAGUAGUUAUAGUGCAUGUCUUUUUUCUUAAAAGAAGGUAUAUUGGUUAAUUCCUAACACCAAAUCUGCUAGCCUUAAAUUAACUGCUGGUUUCUAUUUUACUUUAACAUUUUCUUAGGAUUUCUUUUCUGCAUCUAGGCUACCAGAAAAAAAAAAGUAUUUCAUAAGGCAUUGUUUAGGGAGGAAAGUUGUAUUAAUAAGCCUAGGCA